UCUCUAUGUUACUUAAUGAGAUGUUUUGUUAUCCAUCGAGUUUGCACAUGUAUGCGUUUGACAUGUAUUUUGAUAAAAUCUCUUGUUUAGAUAUCUUUUCUCCAUUUGCAAGAAGAAAUGUGUGUUAUUUUUUUCCAAUUACUCCCUCUACUUUUUCUUAUUACAAGUAUUAGCAUCAUAAUUAAUUCCCCUGUUCCAGCGACGCGUUCACUUCCUCCUGAUUCGAUCUCUCUCUUAGACGAACCGGCUUGAUCGAGGUUACGUAAGAGCCCUAAUUUUGGAUCCGAGAAUCCAGAACCUUCCAAAAUGGAGAAGAAUCUCGCUGGAGACUCAAUUCCGAGACCCAAAUGGAGAAAAGUAGCCUACGGAGGGAUGCAAAUCGGAUACGACGACAACUACACCGACGAAUCGUUCCUGGAGGAAAUGGUGAUGAACGCAAACGUGGUGAGGCGUGAUUUGCUCAAGGUGAUGAAAGACUCUGUCUCCAUCUCUCAAUACAUCUGCAUCGUUGCGCUUGUCGUCUUGGUUUGGGUUCACACUCUUGAAUCGUCAUUGGACGAGAACUCGCUUUUGCUACUUGAUCUCUCACUCUUAGCAUCUGGGUUCUUAAUUCUCCUCUUAACCGAAGAAAAGAUGUUGUCUUUGAGUCUCCUCUUGCGUUAUAUAGUAAACAUCUCUUUCUUCACCACGGGGCUUUACAUCUUAGCUCCGAUUUACCAGACGCUCACGCGAUCGAUCAGCUCAGAUUCGAUAUGGGCAGUCACAGUUUCACUCCUCUUGCUUCACCUCUUCUUGCAUGAUUACUCUGGUUCCACCAUUAGAGCUCCGGGAGCAUUCAACACUCCGAAUUUAACAAGUUGCAUAUCUGUCAAUGCUUCAAUCGUUGCUUCAGUCUUUGUUGCUUCACGUCUUCCCUCUAGGCUCCAUGUCUUUGCUGUGAUGCUUUUCUCACUCCAAGUCUUCCUCUUUGCUCCUCUCGUUACCUACUGUAUCAAGAAAUUCUCGUUUGGGUUGCAUCUUCUCUUCUCCUUUGCUCUCAUGGGUUUGACGCUUUACUCUAUUUAUGCUCUGCAUAGACUCUUCUUCCUUGUCUUUCUUCUUCUCGUGCUUCUUGUCAAUGUUGUGUGUCCUUAUUGGCUCAUCAGGAUGCAAGAGUACAAGUUUGAGAUUAAUGGUCCUUGGGAUGAAGCCAAGCUUUGCUUCGACAUUACAGAUUGAUUCAUACUCUUUUGAUAUUUUAUUAGACUUGCCUCUCUUAUUUAUUUGAGUCUAUAGUUAAGUCUAGUCUGGUGUUGUAUUGUACUUCUACGGCUCUACCUCGGUAAAGAUUUGGAUUGGUAAAGUAUAGAUAACAGUUUCAGUAUA